ACACGCAGAAUGGUCAGACAACCCCCGGGGCCGGGGCUCCAGUGGAUGACGUCUUCAGCCGGAUCCUUUUGAAAGGUCCACUUGAUCAUUCCCCGGCUCCUGCACGCGCUGUGAACCUGAUCCGCCCGUGCAGUACGUAAUCUCUUUUCCCAAGAUGACAUUGUGCAUAAGUUGUCAGUGGCUUAUAAAUAACUACUCCUGCUUUGACCAGACGAGAGGGGAGAGCAAGAACGAGGGCCUCCAUGGAGCUUGAUGGGACGUUAAAGAGCUUCUGUCGCGGACCUCCAGCGGUUUUUUAGAAACAUUUGCACAUUUUACUUUGCUAGAUAACUGGAAAAAUGCAGAUAUACUUGAAAGGGUCUAAAGGACGAAGUGGGUGAAAAAAUACCACAUUUUUUAGUCAAGAGCUCAAACGUUUUAUUUUAGUAACUUGGAGCAAAGGAUGAACUGAAGUGGAGAAGGAACAGUAGAAGUUGUCGGUUUCUGAGCGUCGACCGUAUUGUCCGUGUAGAGGAGGCUGCUAAAUAAUCAUGGAUGCAUCUCAGGACGUAAAGGUGAAUGAGGCUUUGGUCCAGUUCGAGGCCACCCUGCAAGCAGCCAUCACGGAGGUGCAUGUGGACGUAAGUGCAUUCAAGCAGCGCACUGAGCAGAGGAUCGAGGAGCUGUGCGUUUCCAACAGGCCUCUGGCCGAGGCCGUGUCCAGGCUGCAGGAGGAGAACCUGCAGCUCCGGGCAAAGCUGGAGACGCUCAGUCGCAUGGUAGAAGCUCUCAGUGGGGUGAAGGUUGACAGGAGUCCUGCUGAAGUACGUGAGAAGAGUGGGGAGGAAAGUCUAAAGAACGGGCAUGCACAGAUACAGCCAAAGAGCCAGGAGCACCACAGGGGUCCGGAUAACGCUCAGACAGAGUCCAACCCAACAAACACGUACCCUGAUCAGUCUGGGUCCAGUGCUGCCGCUCACAUCACCACUCCAGCCCCCGCUCCAUGGAGAGCGAAGAGACACGCCGAAGUCAACGGCACCGAUGCAAGAGAGGAGAAGAAUGCCGCCGCAGCACCCGAGCGCGGGAAGCAAGAAAACACACCUCGGGGCUGUGAGAACGCGACACCACAGGCCCACCAGCCGCUCACUGCCAACACCAAGCCGAGCUCAGAGUCUGCUGCCAUGACCAGCUCCCUUCACUCUGCAGGAGACGUCUCUAAAGGGCCUGACCAGGAAGAACCAGGUUUUCCGACCAAACCCCAUCUUCCUUUGACUGCAGUGACUGUUCCUCAGUCUGCUGCUUCAGUGGCCAAAGCAUCAAAAGAAGCUGCAGUAAAAUCCGUGAUGUGUCCUGUUGAAUGUGAUGCUGAUGAACCCCAGCCCCAUCGUCCCGUCUCUGCCGUCAUGACCAAAGCCGGCGCUGAAGGCGUCCUCGCAGCCAAACCCGCACAGGCUCCAGCACCGGCGGCUGGUUGGGCUCCAGCAGGAGACGCAGGAGAAUACGCUUUGCUUAAAGGCGCUAAAGAGAGAUCCCAGGAGUCCGGCCCUGGAGCGCAGUCUCAUCUUCCCCUCACAGCUGUAACCAGAAGCAGCUCCGAGACGUCGGCUGCACCUAAAGCUGAUCUGAGUCCUGCUUCUGCUCUCAGUCCCUCAGUACCAGACUCCCCAACCAUUAAGCGCGGCGACUACCCAUUUAGACGUGACGUCAGCGAGCACAAGCCGCUCUUGCCUCUUUCUACUGUUUCCAAACCCAACACAGAGUCCGCAUCAUCUGCUCAGCCUCUAAGUUCUUUAGCAUCGCAGGACCCUCCAGUGAAACCUGGAGAAUAUCCUUUCAAGCGGGUACCUGUUCUCAAAACUCCCAGUCCCAGUCUGAAAAGAAGUGUGAGCUUUCCUCAGUCCGCAGAAAAAUUACUUCCCUCCAAAUCAAUUAUAAAAUCUGGUUUCUCACCCAAUUUGGAAAAAAAAGAAAAAAAGACAGGAACUGUUGAGUUUAAGCAGGACAUUAUGAAAUCGCAAACACUUCCACGCUCCAACGGGGCUCAGGCCAAGCGGGCUCUGUUUGAAAGGAUGAACUCUGAGCCGACCAAGCCAAAGGACUCCAAACCUAAACUAAAACGCUCUCAGAGUUUUGGAGUGUCCAGUGCCAGUGGUAUAAAACAGAUCCUGUUAGAGUGGUGUCGCUCAAAAGUCAUCGGCUAUCAGAACAUAGACAUCCAGAACUUCUCAUCCAGCUGGAGUGACGGGAUGGCUUUCUGUGCUCUGGUCCACUCGUUCUUCCCUCUGGAGUUUGAUUAUAACACAUUGGAUCCAGCAAACCGCAAACACAACUUGGAGCUGGCCUUUACCACUGCAGAAGAGCAGGCUGACUGCCUCCGUCUGAUUGAGGUGGACGACAUGAUGGAGAUGGGGGACAAGCCAGACCCCAUGUGUGUGUUUACAUAUGUCCAAUCCCUCUACAACCACCUAAAGAAAUUUGAAUAACUCUGUAUCAGAGUAGAUCACAAUUAUGAUGUUGUUAACCACAGUGUGUUGUGAACCUAAUGCAGAGGCCAAAAUAUGUCUCUGACAAGCAAUCCUGUUUUAAUCACUUAAACCUGUAGUCUUUGACAUAUUUUCUUAUUGCAAAUUACAUUUCCCCGUUUUAUAUUGUAUAUGUAAAUUCACCUGUUUCAAUCACUUCCUCUAGUUUACUAUUGAUUUCUUAAAAUGCAGUGUUAUAUGGCAUAUAUUGUUUGUGAUGUGUGACUCUAAUGCUGCUUUAUUCACAAAAGGCAGUUUAGAUUUGUUGCAGUUCUCAAACCCACUUUAAAUACUGAUUAUAGCUGGUAAAAACUGCUGUUGAUCCUUCUGCACUAGAUGUAUUAAAGUUGGCUUGACCAGUAGUUUACUUUA